AUGGCGGAAAUGGAGGAGAUGAUAAAAAUGUUCGCUGAAAUGAUGUCAAAGCAACAGUCUAUGGCAAAAUCAACAUUGCCGACCGAAGCUGCUUUACGAGAGUUCCUCAUGCAAUACAGAAGAACUCCUUUUUCAACCGGUCUUUCGCCAAAUCAAUUACUGCAUGGCAUGCAAAUACAAACUAAAAUUGAUACUCUCCAUCCAAUUUUAAAAAGGAAAAAAAGGGAAGAGAACUACAAUAAGAGCAAAUCCGUCCUAGAUACGGUGCCAACCAAGAUGGCGAUCCAGGGAAAAUCACUGGGUCCCAGUCCCAAUUUGAUUCAAGGCAUUCAAUCGCCAAACCAACCACGCCUGAAAAUAGUCAAGUGCUUUUCAACCCGAUAUCUCUCCCAAGAAGAUCGGAACGUAUGCGUCAUAAGUUUGCCCACAAACUUUAGCUUGUUGGGGAGAUUGUUAGAGUUAGAUUUCAGGAUUCGACAAGGCGUAGAUCAGUUUUUGACAAAUGUAACAGUUGCGGCACAGAGCAUGCGAGAGGACGAUGCCCAGCAAGUAAUCAACAAUGUCAUAAGUGCACAAACUAAAUUAGUUUUAAGAAUGUGUAUAUCUUGCAACAUGCCAUGA